UAUUGAGCCAACUUUCAAACUGCGUGCAAUCGAAGGCGCCCUCAGCAAGUCAGGUCCGAACAAGAGACAAAUAAACAGACAAAAGGGAACGGAAGUUGCAACCAUCACCCAAACAGCGAUGAACGAUUGACUUUCCAUUUUUGUGGCCAAUGUUGCCGUGUGACUGAGACUCCGAAACGUUGUGAGUGACUUCAGCUAUGGCAGAGGCUUCGAAUAAAGAAGAGUCUACUACGGAGAUCCUGAAGGAUAAAGCAGAAGAUAAUGAAGAUUCAACAGAGACGACAAAAACACAGCAGUCGCAGCCCAAGAUAGAAGAGGAAGAGGAGCUAGAAUGUGCUGUUUGCCUCCAGAAGUGUGUGCAUCCUGUUCGCCUGCCAUGCUCUCACAUUUUCUGCUUUUUGUGUGUAAAGGGUGUAGCCAACCAGAGCAAACGUUGUGCCAUGUGCCGGCAGGAGAUACCAGCAGACUUUCUGGAUCACCCUACUCUUCUCUCUGCUAUUGAAAUGGAAAAGGAAGAAAUUCAUCCUGGAGGAUACCAAUGGUUUUAUGAAGGUCGAAAUGGUUGGUGGCAGUAUGAUGAGCGGACCAGUCACGAAUUAGAAGCAGCCUACGGUUCCGGUCAACGUGCCUGUGAAGUUCUUGUUGCUGGCUUUUUAUACAUCAUUGAUUUUGACAGGAUGGUUCAGUUGAGACGUAAUGAUCCUAGUCGAAGACGCCGCAUCAAGAGGGACCUGAGUUCUAUCCCUAAGAAGGGUGUUGCUGGUAUUAAACUUCCAAGCCAGUUGGAAGCUGAAUUAUCAGCACUUCAUUCUGCUGCUCAUGCCAUUCAUGUUCCAACUUCAGGGGAUUCCAGUUUAAGUCAUGAAUUUGGAGAUGGUCACCUAAUGGGACCAUCAGCUAAUAACAAUGAUUUGUGCCCACCAACACCCACAGCACCAAGCAAUACUCCUCAAACACCACACACACCUAGUGCCACAAGUAGUAGUAGUGGGUCACCUGACACCAGUGAGCCAACACACAUACAUGCCCUCUCCGCCGAUUCUCACCGUCAUCACUAUCACAUCCCUCAUCACCACCAUCAUUUGCAUUUUCACCACCCUGUUCACAUCCCUCAUUUUUUAGCUCAUAAUCUAACUACUAGUGCUGAUCACAGUAUCUUGUCUCACACUGUACAUUCUCAUCAAGCCCCACACCACCACCACAGUCAGGUUCAGCAGCGUCAUUUGUCACAUCACCCAAUUCCUGAGCUGUCUCCCACCGAUAGUGAUGUUAAUGAAACUCAUCCUGCAAAUCAGUCGCGCUCGGUUCAUACUCCACCACCGCCACCACCCCCACCUGAUCUUGAAGAGGCUGUUUACCAAAUGGACCAAUUAUCACUCUCUGCAGAUAUUCCUGAGUAUUAUCCUCUUGAUGCUGCUGAAGUGUCAACAACAGAGGAAACAGAACAGUACCAUUUGCAUCUAUCUUCAGAGGAUGAGCAACUUUAAUGUUUCGGGAUUCUAAUUGUAAUGUCUGUGAUCUAUUAUUUUUAAAAACAUGGUAUUUUUUUCAUUUUCUUGGAAUGUGUGAUGAACUUAUUUCAAGUAUCAACUAAUAAAGUGCAGUGGAAAAUUU